AGAGAGAGAGAGAGAGUUGAGGAGGAGCUUGCUGAGAUAAGAUUCCCUCCACGCACCAUCAGCACCACAAACUUGCAGUCUACCCAUCCAUCUUCAUCUUUCUCCGGCGCGCUUUUCCUUUUGCGAACACACGUUUUAAUGUUUUUUGCCCCCCGCCGGAAGGUGCACAGGUGCAUCCCGCGGUUAAUACUCGCUCUCUGCUGAGUUGAUUAUGGUCACAACCCCCACGGUGCCAAGGUGGAGCCACCGCGCGUAUCUCGGAUCGGUGCGCUUCUCCAGGGGCUGGGAUGCGCACCGGGCACCUCUCGCUUCCUGCCAAGUUUCGGGUCUGAGCAGGAGUCUAGCGCUGCCCCGGGGCGCCGAGGCAGGAGGACCCAGUCGACCCGGAGCAGGAUGCCGGUGAUGAGAGGGCUGCUGGCCCCGCAAAACACCUUCCUGGACACCAUCGCCACCCGCUUCGAUGGCACCCACAGCAACUUCGUUUUGGGAAAUGCCCAGGUGCAGUCGCUCUACCCCAUCGUCUACUGCUCCGACGGGUUCUGUGAGCUCACAGGUUACGCCCGUGCCGAGCUCAUGCAGAAGAGCUGCGCUUGUCACUUCCUGUACGGCCCGGAAACGAGUGACCGGUUAACGGCCCAGAUCCAAGGAGCCCUGGAUGACAGGAGGGAGUUCAAGACUGAGUUGGUGUUCUACAAGAAGGAAGGUACACAGUUCUGGUGUCUUCUGGACAUUGUACCCAUUAAAAAUGAAAAGGGUGAGGUGGUUUUGUUCCUUGUGUCCCACAAAGACAUCACCGACAAGAAGAAGGACCAGGAUCCUGAACAAGGACCUGACACAGAUGAGGAGACAGGUCUGGAGGUGCAUCAGGUAACUCGGCCUCCAGGAUUCAACGCCAACCGGCGCCGCAGCAGAGCUGUUCUCUAUCACCUGUCAGGACACCUGCAGAAACAAGACAAGAGCAAGCUCAAGAUCAACAAUAACAUGUUCGGGGAGAAGCCUCCGAUCCCAGAGUACAAGGUAGCAGCUAUUCAGAAAUCCCGCUUCAUACUGCUCCACUACGGAACCUUCAAGGCCGGCUGGGAUUGGCUGAUCCUGCUGGCGACCUUCUACGUGGCCGUCACCGUGCCCUACAACGUAUGCUUCACGGUGGUGGGAGGGCGGGAUGAAGGCAGCAGCAGUGCCCCGCGGAGCCCGCCCAGCGUCAGUGACAUCCUCGUAGAGAUCCUGUUUAUUUUAGACAUACUGCUGAACUUUCGAACUACUUUUGUGAGCACGUCGGGUCAGGUAGUGUACGACGCCCGCUCCAUCUGUGUUCACUACGUCACCACUUGGCUCUUUGUCGAUCUCAUUGCCGCCCUGCCCUUUGACCUGCUGUAUGCUUUCAACGUCAGCGUGUACUUUGGGGUCCACCUGCUGAAGACGGUUCGGCUGCUCCGGUUACUGCGGCUGCUGCAGAAGCUGGAGCGAUACUCCCAGUACAGCGCUGUGGUUCUUACUCUGCUCAUGUCCAUGUUCGCCUUGCUGGCCCACUGGAUGGCCUGUGUCUGGUACUUCAUUGGCCGCAAGGAGAUCGAAAGUCCUGGAUCCUGGGAUAUUGGUUGGCUCCAUGAGCUUGGCAAGCGCCUGGGCACGCCCUACUUCCUGUCCCCCCUGACAACACUGGUCCCUGCCACAGUCAGCAGCCUCCCCACCAACAGCAGUCAGUGGAACGUGUCGGGGUCAGAGGUUGGAGGGCAGACCUCCUGGAACUCCAGCCAGUAUUAUGGGAACAUGUCGGGAAGCGAGGCCACGUCGGGAACGGAUGCUGGGGGUGGAAGUUUCGGGUUGCUGGGGGGCGGCCCAUCAAUGCGUAGCAGCUACGUGACAUCCCUGUACUUUGCUCUGAGCAGUCUAACCAGUGUGGGAUUUGGAAAUGUAUCAGCCAACACAGACUCAGAGAAGAUCUUCUCCAUCUGCACCAUGCUCAUAGGAGCGCUGAUGCAUGCAGUGGUGUUUGGUAACGUGACGGCGAUCAUCCAGAGGAUGUACUCACGCCGCUCGCUCUACCACACACGCACCAAGGACCUGAAGGACUUCAUCAGGGUCCACCGGCUGCCCAAGGCGUUGGAGCAGCGCAUGCUAGAGUGUUUCCAGACCACGUGGUCGGUCAACAACGGGAUAGACGUUAACGAGCUCCUAAAGGACUUCCCGGACGAGCUGAGGGCCGACAUCGCCAUGCACCUGAACAAGGAGCUGCUCCAGCUCCCCCUGUUCGAGUCGGCCAGCAGGGGCUGCCUGCGUUCCCUGUCCCUCAUUAUCAAGACCUCCUUCUGCGCUCCGGGCGAGUUCCUCAUCAGGCAGGGAGACGCCCUGCAGGCCAUCUACUUUGUCUGCUCGGGCUCCAUGGAGGUCCUGAAAGACAACACUGUGCUGGCCAUACUUGGUAAAGGAGACCUGAUUGGUUCAGACUCCCUGACGAAGGAGCAGGUGAUCAAGACCAACGCCAACGUCAAGGCCCUGACCUACUGCGACCUGCAGUACAUCAGCCUCAAGGGCCUCCGUGAAGUCCUGCGACUCUACCCCGAGUACGCCCAGAAGUUCAUCAGCGAGAUACAGCAUGACCUCACGUACAAUCUGCGAGAGGGCCACGGGGCUGAUGUGGACUGGGAAAGCAACGGCGGCCUGGUGAAGAAGCUUCCGUCCAUCCGUGAGGACGAGGAGGGCGACGAGGAGCAGAACUCUGUGUCCCGGGCCCCUCGCUCCCCGCUGCGUCUCAGCAGGGGCCUCAACUCGCCCCUGCGCUCCCCUCUUCUGCCGCCCAGGCCGUUCCGCGCUCCCUCUGAGCACUCACGGCCAGCCACCCUGCAGAUACCGGUGGUCAGCUUCAGCAGUGCGCCACCUGAGCUCAGCCCCAGGUUCGUGGACGGCAUCGAAACAGAGAGCAAUUCCACCUCAUCGCAGAAGUUCGAGUUCAGUCCCAGCCUGUCACCUACAGCGUCCCCCUCCCCAUACCCAGGGCUCCGGGAGCACUCUGAGAUCAAGCAGAGUGUGUCUAAAUUGACUGAGGAGAUGAACGGUCUCUCCAAACAAGUGUCCAAGCUCAGUGAGGAGCUGCAGGAAAUGACACGCCUGCUCAAGCCCCUCCUCCAAAUAGCAUCGCCACCAAUCCUGACCACCAUGAUGCCAAAUCUGACCCCACCCCCAAGCAGUGCCAGCCAGCUCUCAACAAGCUCCUGUCUCGUGUUGCCACCCCCCGCCACAUCCUGUCCCCUGCAGAGACCUGACACUCAUUCCCUGUUGGACAGUGGAGACAUAGAGGGUGUGGAUUUGCCAGGAUGCCUUCUCCCGACUACUCAUUCACCAAGGCCUAAUUCAUCAUCUCCAGCAUCGCCACAGACCCCGCCGGGGGGCAACUUCAAGGCCCACGCCCGGUCCAACCUCCCGUCACCCGAGGAAGGACUUGCUGAGGGAUCCCCGGUCCUCCAAAGCCUCCACGCAUCCUCCAGCAACGGGAUAUUUUUGCCCUCGCUGCAGGACCAGCCCCCCCUGGCCUCUCACACCCCUUCACCUUCCCUCUCAUUCUCCAUGUCCCUCUCCUCCUCGCCGUCCCUCUCCCCCUGCCAGGGCCCCCACCCGUCCCGACCCAGCAGCUGUGCCAGCAGAGGCCUGCUUCCCCCGCCUCCCUCCCAGGACACCCCUCCUCCUCCGUCCUCCCACUGCUCCGCUCCCCCGUCGCUCACGUCCUCCCCCAGAGACCUUCAGCUGAGGCCUUCCCCUUCCGUCCCCCUUGUGUCCCCAGCAGUCACUCUCCACCCCUCCACCCACUCCCUGCCCUUGUCUCUGGACUUUUUUAGUGCACGCAGAGGGCAGGGAGACACCCACACUCCACCUUGGUGUAAGUCGCAGCUGCGCUACCGGGAGGCCAGACCCGUCUCUCACCCCCAGGAGCUGGAGAUGCAGGAGUGGGGAAGGCAGGUGGACGAGGGGAAGACCUCUACAGAGCACAUCAGCUUCAUCGAUGAAGAGGAGCCAGCGUUAUGAAGAAGGGAUGACAGAGUAGCAGAGAACGAAAGAGACGGAAAAACAAGACCAGAUCAGGGAUAGUGACUGCUGGAUUACAGAAUGAUAACCAAUGGGAAACCAGUUCACACAGGAAGUGAUUUGUCAGGCAGGAAAUGCUAAAAGGACAGACAGGUACAGAAACACAACGCCAGCUGUCAAUACAUCAGUGUGAAGCAGUACUUUCCUUCACACAACUACAACAGCACAAAUUGUCUUACAGUCUGAACACUUCAGUAGCAUCAGUUGCUCCCUGCAGCUGGCACACACAACCGGCUCCAUAGAUCUCUCCAGCUAACCAAACACACAAUAUUGCUUUUAAACCCAGCUACGGAUGUCUCCUCCUCUUUAAAGGGCAGGUACAAGCACACACAUAUCUCAGCGGGAAACAUGUCUUUACCCACGCCAGAUAAUCCGAGCCACCGCACUGGGGCCGGGAAUGUAAACUGUCUCAGUGACAUCAGGGUCACCUCACCUGGAAAGCCAGUUUGCGUCAUCAAUGAGGAUUAUUUUUUAAAGAGAUACGGUUAUCUGCCUCUGGGCUGGUGGGAGGUAAACACUCAGCUGACAUCCAACCAUCUCUUCACAUACACGGCCAUCACCCGCGUUCACAAAAAAACCCUUUGAAUUUGUUUAAACUUCCAACAGAAAUGUCCACAUUGUCUCUUUGAAGUGCACAGUCUAGUCAGCAGAUGUAAAGGAGCAGAAAGGCUUCUGUUUGAGUGUGGACCUAAUGGUACGUGUCCACAAAGCACUUUUGGAUGCAAGAGGUCAUGCCAGUUCCCCAGUAUAGGACGCUUAUAGUCCUAUUGACCGAGAAAAGUCAUGCAAACACUUCCUGGCUGCACCUGAUUGGACGAAUGCUUUCUGCUCUGGCAUUUCAAACAGGACCAACCGUAGGCCAUAUAUAAUAAGUGAAGCCAUUGCAGAAGUUUUUUAAAUCUGCAUUUUCUCUAAUGGCCAGCAGGGGGCAGCUUCAUUGGCUGCAGAAGAAGUCUGAUAGUAUUGAGUUAUGGAGAAGUGAGCCUACAUCUCACUUGAUUUCUGAGCUCAGUCAACAGUUUCCUAAUGGGUUUAUAGUCUCAGUCUCUAGUUUCAGUCUUCUUCCAUACAGCAUGAUGUUCAUUUAGUAAAUGAUGGUCCCAUUUACAGUAAAAUAGACCAUAAAGCAGGGUAUGAUUUUGGGCGGGGCUAUCUUUUGAUUGACAGGUCAUUCUCAGUGAAUCUGGCCAGCUCAACGCACCAAACUCAGGUCAAACCAGGCAGUGCUGUUUAAAUAUGGAUCCAGAUUCUGUUACUGUGUUGACUAUUUCUCACUUAAAAUUGUUUCACAAACAUAUUUUAGUGUACUGUUCAUCUACAAUACAGUAACGUGUUCCUGCCAAACUCAAGGCUUCAAAGCUUCUCUCAUAUUACCAAAAUGUGUUUAUGAAAAUAUUUUAAGCAAGAAAUAACCCAUGCAGUUUCUGAAGCGGUCUUCAUUUUAGAUGGUUAGUUUGAAAGAUUUUAGUGAGUCUCCAGAGGCAGUGGGUCACGCUGCUGGAUGUCCCUGAUUUGCAUAAAGUAUCCUUGAUCUCAACUUGAUGCAAUGAGAAACAGCAACAUGGUGCCCGGUCUCUCGAAACGCACCGCGGCACUACCAGAAUGCAUUGCACGCGAUAAUGAUAAUGACAGAUCCUGUGAACACGUACCAUUAACGUCAGAGCUUAGCAGUUGAGCUGUGUGCCAAAGACAAAAAGCAAGCUUUAUGGAAAAAGUGGGGGGAGCAGUAAUACAUUACACAACACCCAUAUAUAACUGUUCAUCACCACCAUGACUGUUUACAACCAGCCUAUCAGAUUGUACAGCAAACUCCCACAUCACUCCUGAGCUUUAGCCAUCCAGCCAUUCGUGCCUUCUCCAUAUAAAGUCCGUCACCUGUUCACAGGCAAGCAUUUGGAUCAAAAUUCACACAGAAAGCCAUCAGCGUCACCUGCAGAGAACACUUGCACCUUUUAUCUAAAAUGUUACCAAUUUAUUUAUUUAGGCUAUUUAUUUUUGUUGACGAAGGCAAUGAGGAAAUAUAUCUGGGUGAUCUGACAGGAACAGGCUGGGAAGGAAGGUUUACCGUCCAACUACAGAACUGGACGCACUCCAGACUGAGUGCAACCCUCCCAGUUCUUAUGUAGCACACACACACACACACACACACAAACAAAGCAGAUCUCGAACACGCACACACCUCUCAUCAUGUCCAACCUGUCAGCUGACCACUGAGCUUUACGCCGGUACGAGACAACAGCUGAACCCUAACUACAAUACCCAGGCUGCGUCACUAUGGAGGUCUCAGGACUUCUGUACUUUUUGUUUUUUGCUUCGGUGAGGUGCUUUGUGCACCACGUUACUUGUAAUAUAGACAGUCAGAUUUCUGGUUUCUAUUUUCUGUAAGGGGAGCAGGGGACUGGACUCUUUCCACACUGAAAUACAAGGAUUCACUGAGCAGGACUCCCACUGAUGUCUGCGGAGCUCUGAUCCUGUGGGGUACCCUGGGGUGGGGUAUAGGGUGGGCGUGGGCGGUAUAUUGGGUACACAAAAGGGUUUUAAAUCAAAUGCAUGUCACAGCUUUUUUUGCAUGAGGAAUGUGCCUGCUUUUGAGCUGUAGAGGGCGGAGGGACAAGCUGCCCGCCCUACUGGAGGCUGCUGGUUUUCAGAUGUUUUAUUAAAGACUGCUGUUACAUAAAAACUUUACCAGGAUUACAUGAUGUACAACAAUAAAGAAGUGUUGUUUUGUAAGA